AUGACUGAAUUUGUCCAAUACGAGGUUGUUCUCACUUUGAGAGAUAACAGUACAGCAAGAGGCACUAUUUCCCAAGUUAACGAGGAACUGAUUACGUUGAACAAUGCGUUGACAUCCACUGAUCGCAAAAUUCAACCACUGAUUCGUUUCUUGAAUUCUGAAGUUGCCGAUUUGAAAGUGACACAGCUUCCUCCAUUCAAAUCCAAAUCAAAUGAGCUGAAAAAGAAUAAGAAAACGAGAGCGGAGGAUUUGGUUGAUGACGCCAUUGUCUACUCUUCAAAGCCAUCUCGUUUUGGUACUCCCAAGCCAGAAAAGCAAAAGUCAAAAUCUAAAACUAGAACUGAUAGUUCAGAUUUGGAACCUGAAUCCAUUGAUAACGUCAAGAAUAAGGAGUUUGACUUUGAGGCCAAUUUAGCCAUGUUUGACAAAAAGGCUGUUUUUGAAGACUUUAAGAAAAAUGACCACACAAGCAUCAAUGAUAGAUUAGUGGGGCAGAAUAAAGUGGAGAAACCGGCAACUCCAAAGAAACAAAAGUACGAUAAUGACGAGAUGGUGUUGCAGGAUGUUGCCAAAGAUAAUUGGGACCAGAUUGGAAAAUCACUAGAGAACACAAGAACCAACACGCCAAAUGCCGAUACUUCUAAAAGCCAAGGCCAGACACAACACCGUAAUCAAGCAGACGCGAAAACAAAAUCCUACAAGUUGGUUGAAUCGGGAAAUGGCGCCUCCAUUCAGUCAGCCUCGCCUGUUCAGCUUUUAGAGAUUGAGCGUUUAUCAUCGGACCAUUUUGGUAUUACACCAGCGGUGAUGGCUGAAGUAUGCGCCACGAAUUUAAGCAAGCUAAUUAUUGACCGUUGUCUUGGAGGCUCGGUUCGAUUGAGCAAUAAGAAAAACCACAACUUACCUCCCUUGGUCCUUUUGUUGAUUGGUAGUGGCAGGUGUGGUAGUAGAGCUUUUGCUACGGGGCGUCAUUUAAACAAUCAUGGUGUUCGUGUACUAGCAUUUGUAAUCUCCUCAGAUGAAUCGGACACGGAAUUGCAUCAUCAGUGGAAGAUUUUUGAGUCAGUUGGAGGUAAGGUGGUGACAUCCAGUUUUGAUCUUUUGAUUGAUAUAAUACGAAACCAGUUGAAUACACCAGUGGAACUAAUAAUAGAUGCUCUACAAGGAUACGAUGACCAUUUGGACGAUGUGUUUUACGAACCACAAGAUAAAAAGACAUUGUCUUCGUUGAUCAGCUGGUGUAACUCAUCUGAGCAAUCGAAGGUAAUGUCAUUGGAUAUUCCCUCGGGAAUAGAUGGUGGAUCUGGUAUACCUGACGAUGAAUUAAAAGUUGAUUGCUCGUGGUGUAUUUCCAUGGGCUUGCCGCUCAAUGGACUUCUUUUGGCUUACAAAAAUGGCCAUCUAAACGACGACAUUACACACUACUUAAUUGAUGUGGGCAUACCUAAUAAGGUGUUCCAAGCCAAACCGAAUUUACGGAAAUUCGACAACUUCUGGUACACUGCUGAAUCGUCGAUCAAGUUGGAUGUGGAAAGUAUAUAG